AUGGAAUUCACAGGAAGACAGGACAACCAGCAGCUCGGACUGGGAGUUGUUAACGAACUCAUUGAGGAGCUCAAUGACAACGACCUCUACACGGUAGGGUAUGCUGACGAUAUUGCUAUACUUAUAACAGGAAACUUUGAGGGAACUUUAUGCGACCGCAUGAGAGAAGCCUUCAGACUUGUAGAGAGAUGGUGUAAAAACCACGAACUCUCAGUAAAUCCUUCCAAAACAGAACUAAUCAUGUUUACUAACAAAAGAGCUCCUGGUAUCUUCAGGACACCGAAACUCUUUAACACAGACCUUAGUCUAAAAGAAGAAGUCAAGUACCUGGGAGUUAUACUGGACAGUAAACUCCUAUGGAACAAACAUCUUGACCACAAAAUCAACAAAAGCACCAUAGCAUUUUAUCAAUGUCGAAAGAUGCUAGGAAACAAGUGGGGUAUUACACCAAAAAUAACACUUUGGCUAUACACAGCAGUGAUAAGACCAAUGCUAGUGUACGGGGCCUUGGUUUGGUGGACAAGGUCGAAACUCACGACCACAGUCAACAAACUAAGGUCCUUUCAAAGACUUGCAUGCUCUUCAAUCACGGGAUGUAUGAAAACUACCCCAACAACAGCAAUUGAAAUAGCCCUCAAUAUAACACCCCUCGAUCUGUUCAUACAACAGGAGGCAGCCAUAGCUGCCAUAAGACUAUAUCAUCUUGGUCUAUGGGGCAAAAACCAUAAUAGUUCUCACACUCACAUCCUGAACCAAGCAAUCGAACACGAACCUUUGAUUGCAGCUCCGUGUGAUAGAACUCAAACAUAUCACUCAUUUAACAGGAAAUACCAGAUACAAAUGAAACAGGAGGAACAAGAUCAAUCUGCUGUAAAUGAACUACGCAUAUACACAGAUGGCUCCAAAACACAAAACGGUUCAGGAGCAGGAGCACACUCCCUUGACCUCAACAUGAACUUAUACAUACCACUCGGCCCACAUAGUUCGAUUUUCCAAUGUGAAUGCGUUGCCCUGACUGAGGCAGCACGAACAGUGCAAAAGUUAGGUGUCAAUAAUUUCGACAUAAAAUUUAUAUCGGACAGUGCAGCUGUGCUAAAAGCACUACAGAACAGGAAAUCAAACAACAGAUUAAUAAUCGAAUGUCACAAUAUCAUGGACAAAGUGGCAGAGCACAACGGUGUAACCAUCCAAUGGAUAAAAGGGCAUAGCGGAUCAUACGGAAAUGAUGCCGCGGACGAAUUGGCAAGAAGAGGAUCAGGCAUAACGGUAGCAGGCCCCCAUCCGUUUCUGCCAAUACCAUUCUCACAAUUUCGAUCCUGGAUUCGCCAAAGAUCCACUGAGAUACAAAACAAAAGAUGGAAACAAACCACCGAUUGCAAACAAUCAAAAGUGGCAAUUCCUAGAACAAAUCAAAGAAUGACAAAACGCCUAAUGAAUCUGGACAGGUGUCUAUGUCUAACAUUAAAAAUCGCGUGCUUGAACAACUAUUACCAUGCACGCUCGUCAUUCAAGUAA